AUGUGUUUUAUGGGGUUUGUUCUAAAAUGGAUACAAUGGAUUAAAGCCUACUUGGUGUCUUCCCGUAGUUCAACUCUAGUCAGUGGAUGCCCUACAAAAGAGUUCUCACCUCAAUUAGGUCUUCAACAAGGUGACCCGCUAUCUCCAUUCCUUUUUAUUUCGAUUAUUGAAGGGUUAAAUGUGGCGUUAGAAGAAGUUGUUUCGCAUGGUCUCUUUCGUGGUGCAAUGGUUGAUGAUGGAGGUCUUGUGUUGUCCCAUCUUUUUUAUGCGGAUAACGCUUUAUUUCUGGGAGAGUGGGAUGAACAAAAUAUAGAAACUUUGGUGGCCGCUCUUAACUACUUUUAUUUGGUUUCGAGUCUUAAAUUAAAUCUUCACAAAUCGAACUUGUAUGGGAUUGAUCUUCCUUUUCAGCGUGUGGAGGAAAUGGCUGGUAUUAUAGGGUGUGAUCUUGCUUGUAUCCCUUUCUCUUAUCUUGGGUUACCGGUUGAGGCUAAUAUGAACCAUGUCGUCAAUUGGAAUCCGAUAAUUCAAAGGCUUCAAAAAAGAUUGGCUAAUCGGAAGAUGAAUUUGCUUUCGGUGGGAGGAUGA